AUGGAUUCAGCUGCAAACGAGGCAGCUGGAAGCGAUAACCCUCCAGAAAGCCUCCAAGUUUCUGGUGUCAUCGAUGUAGAAACUAUACCGGACCUCAAAGCUAUAGCGCAAGAUAUUAUUGAGUGUCAAAAAGCUGCGGACGGUACGCUCGAGAAUAGCAGAAAGCUAUUGGCGAAACUUUACGUAUAUGAUUACAUAAAAUCGCUGCAACUAGGCGAGGAAGCUACGAGUGAGACAGUGGUGUCAUACAAACCUGAGGAUUUUGUGUUUUCUCUAUGUGAAGCUUUACGACCAAAUCAAGAGGUGGUAGAUGAGAUUGAUCUCGAACAGGACCCCUUCAAAGGAUUACAGCCUACUCCGAAUCUGGUCAUCUUCAAAAGAAUCGCAAGGAUAUCUCUCUCGAUUCUCCAUGAUCUUCUUACAGAAGAACUGCUAAGCUCGAGUUCCCUUCUUAAGAAUGAUGUGGCCUCAGCUAUAGCUACACAUGCUUGCCGAACGGUUGAAUGGACGACAGAGGAAACCGCUCAAGUCUGUGAUGGCUUAAUUGAUACAUAUGGGUCCAUGCUAGCAUCGGAUGAUGUUAUAAUAGAGUUUAUGCUGAAGAACACAAUCAAGCCUUUAUUCGGCAGGGGCCCAGGCACGAUCACUGAUCAAGGCAGAAAGGCUAUGAGGGUACCCCAGGCGAAGGCAGCAGUAUUCUCAUUCUCGGACGAGAAGCCAUGGAGGAAGGAUCGACCGGAGGCAUUAUGUAUCCUGAACUACGCAGUCGCCAACCUCAAGCGCGAAUCUUUGGAGCAAAACUGGCAUCUUGUCAUCCCACCAAUCCUCACGACGUUGGAUGAAGGCGAUAUCCUGAGCAAAGCACAUGCCUGCGAGAUCCUUGACCGGGUAAUUCGUUCCGUCGGUCAUGAUUUCCUAACUCGCACAGGUCUUGGAUCGGUGUUCGAAGAGGCAAUAUCUCCGUGUCUCCACUUCCUACCGCCUUUGACACCUAUCAACCAUUCUAUCAGAAGCUUCCGAGCCGGGGUUGCAGCGCUUAUGGGAUUGGCGACGCAUCGAUAUGCGGGUGUGGAUGACGGCAUGUGGUACAAAGCCAUUGAUAAGAUAUUGAGAGAUGGGCCAUUCAAUGGGAUGACUUAUGCCGGAGAGAAUGUUAGAAUGAUAGAAGUUUUCUUACAGGAAACCAGUAUCAUUGUGGGCGCUUUGGGCAUUAGCAGCGUGAAGCAUCUUUCGAAACUGAUACCUUUUUGCACCGAACCCAUGACUUCUCCGUUUGUUUCGACGUAUCCGGAAGCUGCUCUCGCUGCGGCUGGGACUUUAGUGGAGGUCACGAGAAAUUGUUGGCCAAGGAUGUCGGGAUAUAAUAACGAAAUAUUGAAGGCAACAGUGUUUUGUUGGAUACGAGUUUAUGAAGAGGAGGCAGACGGGACGGUCCAACAUUUACGGGACCAACUGAGGUUAAUAAUAGCAUUGCUCGAGAAGGUAAACAAUGGGACUGUUUGGUUUGAAGAGGCAAAAAAUGCUGUGAUAUCGAAAGAUAAGGACAGACUGGGAGGGCUGUUCGAACCCCGCGUCUCGGCACAAAGCAGAGAGUAG